UUGGUCAAGCCAACUGGGAGUAUCGAGGAAGAAAACUUCAACGAAGAAUUGCGCAAUCUCAUUUUUCAAAUCUGAUCGGAAUUUCAAGACGGAUAUAAUCUGAUUUUGCCCGCUAUUCGCCAUGCGUUUAUUUGUUGUUGGGCUCGUCCUUACUUCUCUUGCAAUACUUGGCCAGUCUAAAGGGCCUGUUCGCAAGAGCGUCGUUGGUAAGAGAGGCACAGAAGCUCGAUUCGGUCUGACACAGGCAGAUAUCAAGGCCCUUGUCGAUGGACAUAACGAAUGGAGGAAGAAUGCGAAGAGUGGGAACAUGCAGAAGCUGGAUUGGGAUGACCAGUUAGCGACUGACGCAAUGACCUGGGCUAAUGCGUGUAUGUUCGGCCACGGUCAACCAGAGAAACCAGCCUUCACGACAGGAGAGGUCGGACAGAACCUUGGCUACACAACCAGGCAUUCAGCACAGAAAAACUUUUCUUUUGGGACCUGGAUGGAUGAGUCAGAUUACUACGAUUUCUCAAGCAACCAAUGCUAUUAUCCUCCGUGCGGGCAUUAUACACAGGCAAUGUGGCACAGUCACGAAAAGGUUGGAUGUGCCCACCACGUCUGUCCAGAGAUUUACUCCCCAAGUGGCGAUCUGCUGGAUAAGGGAGCGGAGUACCUCGUCUGCAACUAUUAUCCAGCGGGCAAUGUCGGGGGAAGGAGGCCCUGGACCCCAGGUGAUCCGUGUGAGGCAUGUCCCUACUGCCACGACAAGCUUUGUAUAACACGUGAAACCUGCAUGAAGGAUCCCACAAAGUGUGCCUGCAUGAAGAAUUGCCAGCACUGCGGUACGCAGACCUCCGAUUGCAAGUGCAAAUGUCCAGUGGGAACGCAUGGUGAUGAAUGUCAGUACUUCUGCCGAGACAGGAAAGUGGAAUGUGCUUGGUUCUCAAAGGAGAAGUGCAAUGAUGGAUCCAGAAAUGGGAAGAUAAUCUAUGAUUACUGUGACGUCCUCUGCGGAAAGUGCACACCAAACACUGACAAAUCAUGGAAGUGCGAAGACGAGACGUAUCAAAACACAUUUGUAAAGUUUGCAGGUUCUCCUCAAUACGGCUACAAGACACAAAACCGCAAGACAUGUGCCUUUCCCUUCCUCUACAACGGGAAAUACCACAACAAGUGCCUGAAAGGCAAGAAUGGUAUUACGUGGUGCUCCAAGUCUACCAACUACGACAGGUACAAGACCUACGGUACGGGCUGCAGGAUAGUCAAGACAGAAGGCAAUGGCGCUGACUGUGUCUUUCCAUUUAUAUUCAAGGGAAAUUUCUACCAGAAAUGCAUCUUUGAUGAGAGUGUUAAGAAGCAUUGGUGUGGAACCACGGAGAACUAUGACAUGGACAAGAAAUGGGGAUAUUGUAUGCUUGAUGGUAUUCAUUAAGAUCUUCUGGAGUUGUGGCCAGGGUCGUACAACAACAGUACUAAAGGCACGACUUCAUACAGCGGGCUCCAAGCCGGUCAGAUACCAUUCCGCGGCCAAAACAUUGCAUCUGGUUCCCGCUCCCGUUCCCCUGUUAGUAAACUAUUUAGACCACUAUUCACAAUCGUAUUGAAGAUGACACAUGUGCAUGUCAUGCCACAAUAGUAGUUGAUAGUCGUAUUUAUGAAUGUAAUAGAUCAUCAUGCAAUA